AGCAGAGGCAAGGCCGGCGGAGGGCGCGUCCGCGCCUGAGCGAGGAUGGGAGUCCCCGGGACUCUGAGCUGAGCCACCCAGCGCGCGGCGGAGAGGGCGCGCCGGAGGAGGGCGAGCCUCUCUGUUCCUCCCGGAGCCCAACACCGUUCCCGCGUCGCCACAAUGAUCCCUCCGAGCGGCGCCCGCGAGGACGGCGUGGAUGGGCUACCCAAAGAGGCAGCGAGCGCCGAUCAGCCACCGUCUCCUGCAUCCACCAGCAGCCAGGAAUCCAAGCUCCAGAAACUAAAACGAUCACUUUCUUUCAAGACCAAGAGUCUACGGAGCAAAAGUGCUGACAACUUCUUCCAGCGCACCAACAGCGAUGUGAAGCUGCCAGCGGACAUGCUUGCUGAGGUCAGCCCCAGCUCCAGCCCACUCCCUGCCCCUGGAAGCCUGACGUCCACACCCACCAGGGCUGGCCUGCACCCAGGCAGUGGCAAGGCCCAUGCCUUUCAGGAACACAUCUUCAAGAAGCCCACUUUCUGUGAUGUCUGCAACCACAUGAUCGUGGGAACAAACGCUAAGCAUGGACUGCGCUGCAAAGCCUGUAAGAUGAGCAUUCACCACAAGUGCAUGGAUGGCCUUGCACCCCAGCGGUGUAUGGGCAAGCUGCCAAAGGGGUUUCGGCGUUACUACAGCUCUCCCUUGCUCAUUCAUGAACAAUUUGGAUGCAUUAAAGAAGUUAUGCCCAUUGCCUGUGGCAAUAAGGUGGACCCCGUCUAUGAGACCCUCCGCUUCGGCACCUCCCUGGCUCAGAGAACAAAGAAGAGCAGCUCCGGCAGUGGCUCCGAUUCGCCUCCCAGAACCUCUACUUCAGAUCUUGUGGAGGUGCCUGAAGAAGCUGACGGGCCAGGAGGAGGGUAUGACCUACGGAAACGCAGCAACAGUGUGUUUACGUAUCCAGAAAAUGGCACUGACGAUUUCAGAGACCAAGCAAAGAACAUGAAUGACCAGGGACUUCUUUCCAAAGAUCCAUUACAGAUGAACACCUAUGUUGCCUUGUACAAAUUUGUACCACAGGAGAAUGAAGAUUUGGAAAUGAGACCAGGAGACAUGAUUACUCUUCUAGAGGACUCCAAUGAAGACUGGUGGAAAGGGAAAAUUCAAGACAGGAUUGGCUUCUUUCCAGCCAACUUUGUUCAGAGAGUACAACAAAAUGAGAAGAUUUUUAGAUGUGUUAGAACCUUCAUUGGGUGUAAGGAACAGGGGCAGAUAACACUGAAAGAGAAUCAGAUAGCAGAGGCCAUCAUCCCCCUAUAA